CAGCGGCCCCCGCCCCCCAAAGUCCGUCCCCGCGCGGGGCUGGGGAGCUCGGGGCGGGGAAGCCGCGGGGCCGCGCCACGUCCCUCGCCCGCCCCAGAGCGGGUUUUGCAGGCGGCUCUAAGCUGGGGGCUUUUGUGUCUGCGACUCGGGAGCGGCGAGAGCGCAGACCUCAUCCUCAGAGGGCGCUGUGAGUGCGCCGCCAGGGCCGGGCCGCCCGCCUCCCGCCUCCCCUGUCAGCGGCUCCUGAGGCGGCGGUGGCGGCGGCGGCGGCGGCGAAGAAGAAGGAGUGGGAGGAGGCGGCGGCGGCGGCGGCGCACUCGUCCUCCGCACACGCCGGCCCCGGGCGGGGGGCCGCCCCCAGGCCGCUCUCCCGCCGCCGCCGCUGAGCCCGGGUGGCCCCAGCACGCUGCCCGGCCGCCCCGAGGCCUCGUCCUCCUCCCAAACUUUGCAAAGUCGGCCCGCGUCCCCACCGCCCUCGGCCGCGCCUCACCUCGGAGGCUCGCCUCGCAGCCGCAGCGGCCCCGCGAGGAGGAGGAGGAGCCGCCGCCGCAGCAUCAAAGAGACCGAAUUCCCGCGGCCUGGGGGGGAGUCAUGCUUUGCGGUCUGUAAUGUCAGCAGAACAGGAGAAGGAUCCCAUUUCGCUGAAGAGAGUUCGAGGUGGUGAUAGUGGACUGGAUGGGUUAGGAGGACCAGGUGUACAACUAGGAAGCCCAGAUAAGAAAAAGCGCAAGACAAAUACCCAGGGGCCUUCUUUUCCUCCAUUGUCUGAGUAUGCUCCACCACCAAAUCCAAACUCUGACCAUCUAGUGGCUGCUAAUCCAUUUGAUGACAACUACAAUACUAUUUCCUAUAAACCACUACCUUCGUCAAAUCCAUAUCUUGGCCCUGGCUAUCCUGGCUUUGGAGGCUACAGCACAUUCAGAAUGCCACCUCACGUUCCUCCAAGAAUGUCUUCCCCAUACUGUGGUCCUUACUCACUCAGGAAUCAGCCACACCCAUUUCCUCAGAAUCCUUUGGGCAUGGGUUUUAAUCGACCUCAUGCUUUUAAUUUUGGGCCACAUGAUAAUUCGAGUUUUGGAAACCCAUCUUAUAAUAAUGCACUAAGUCAGAAUGUUAACAUGCCUAAUCAACAUUUUAGACAAAAUCCUGCUGAAAACUUCAAUCAGAUUCCUCCACAGAAUGCUAGCCAAAUAUCUAACCCUGACUUGGCAUCUAACUUUGUCCCUGGAAAUAAUUCAAAUUUUAGUUCUCCAUUAGAAUCUAAUCAUUCUUUUAUUCCUCCCCCAAACACUUUUGGUCAAGCAAAAGCACCACCCCCAAAACAAGACUUUAGUCAAGGAGCAACCAAAAACACUAAUCAAAAUUCCUCUGCUCAUCCACCUCACUUAAAUAUGGAUGACACAGUGAAUCAGAGUAAUAUUGAAUUAAAAAAUGUUAAUCGAAACAAUGUCGUAAAUCAAGAGAAUAGCCGUUCGAGUAGCACUGAAGCUACAAACAACAGCCAUGCCAACGGGACACAGAAUAAUCCACGACAACCUAGAGGUGCCGCAGAUACAUGCACCACUGAGAAAAGCAAUAAAUCCUCUCUCCACCCAAGCCGUCAUGGGCAUUCUUCUUCUGACCCAGUAUAUCCUUGUGGAAUUUGUACAAAUGAAGUGAAUGAUGAUCAGGAUGCCAUCUUAUGUGAAGCCUCUUGUCAGAAAUGGUUUCAUCGUAUCUGCACUGGAAUGACUGAAACAGCUUAUGGCCUCCUAACAGCAGAAGCAUCAGCAGUAUGGGGCUGUGAUACCUGUAUGGCUGACAAAGAUGUCCAGUUAAUGCGCACUAGAGAAACUUUUGGUCCCCCUGCAGUGGGCAGUGAUGCUUAAUCACAGGCAUUAACUACAGUGGUUUUUUUCUCCUGUGUAUUACAGAGGUUCAGUGACACAGGAUUUUAAUGUUUUACAUUAUUUUUUUAAAUGCACACACAGAAAAGUUAUUUACCUUUUAGUUUUUAUUAAUAACCACUUCAUUGCUAGUGCAAACUUUGUAUUGUUUUUGUUUGCUAUCUUAAAUAAGAAUAAUGUAUAUGGGGCGCAUUAGAAAGUAAUAUACAAGUAAAUUUUAGUUUGUAAUCAUGAACAUAAAAGCCUCUUGAAGCUUCAAGAUAAUAUAUAGCAAAUGUAGGCAAGUUUUGACUUUUAAAAGUUAGAAUCAUUGAAAAAUGUAUCAGUUGACCCUUGAACAACAGAGGUUUGAACUGCCUGGGCCCACUGAUUUUCAAUAAACACAUACUAUAGUACUACAUGAUCCACGGUUGAUUAAGUUCCAGGAUGCGGAACCACAGUUUUGGGGGGCUGACUAUAAAGUUGUAUUCAGAUUUUUGACUGUUAGGGGGUCGGCACCCCUAGCCCCCGCGUUGUUCAAGGGUCAAGUGUAUUCCAGUGCUGAACUUUGGCAAUAUCAAAUUAAAUAUUUAGUUCAAAAAAAUAUUUGAGGAUCCAUUUAACAUGUUUUCAGAAAGAAUAUAUGUAGCUAAAACAUGGAAGAAAGCAUACAUUUCAAUGAGUGUUUUAAAAAAUAAUAGAGUAUGACACCAGAUUCGUCCCAUAUUAGGGUCCUUGAAAUUAGUGACCUUCAUAUUAUCAACUCAGUCUUUCCAGGAUGUCUGUUUGUACAGAUAUGAGACAGAUGUUAGCAUAUAGUAGAUGUUCAAUAAGUAUUUGUUGAUUAACUUGUGGAUUGUACCACAUGAAAUUGCUAACAUUAGAUCAGUUGAAAAUUGACUACAAUUAGUAGAGUUGUCAUAAAGGAUUUUUUAGUUGUGCUAUUUAGAAAUAUAACAGUACUAUGCUCUUCACUCUUCAAUUUGAUUAUUGAGUUGUUUUGUUAUUGUUUUCCAGAGAAAUAAAUAAUACAGUAUCCUCAGAAGAAUUGUGAAUACUUUUCUUAAUAUCAUUUCAAACCAGGGACAUAUUGCAAAUGAGAUAGGUAGAAACAUCAAUUUGGCCUUAGAGGGCUCUACUGGCCAAAGAGUGGUGGGUUGAAAAAUCUUGUUCUGGGGAUCUGAAAAUUAAAAAUGAGCCUCAGGGGAGUUCAAAAUCCAUUUUAAGCAAAGAUCAAUUAAGAGCCAAGAUGAGAGCUUACUCACAGUUUGAGGCCCUGCAGCAGACAGGAGUUUCCGCUGUGACUGGGGAAAGAGUAAAAAUGGACCUGAGAGUAUUCUCUUGAGAGAUGAUUAAGAAUGGAGACAGUUGGAGGUGCACUAAUUAAGAUUUGAAACAACAGAAGCCUGUUUUUGGAGUGGAUCAUAACCUGUGACCCAAAAAAAGGAUUCUAUAUGACAAUUGAUAAUAAUUUAUACAAUGGUUGGAUGUUGGUAAAUCUCCCAAACUUGAACCAUCGUUGUGACCAAAAAAGUUCUGAAGACUACGUGGUGACCUGCAAAAGGGAUACUUUAAACCUUGGUGAAAUGACAGCAGCAGCAAUAUUGCCAAGAAAUUUAAAUUAUGCAUGAAAAUUUUGAUUAUAGUCCUUCGGUUAAUAAACAUGAACCCACACUUUUACAUGACAGCACUGGUGUCACAUGUCACAAGCCACUAAAGCAAAGUUAAUUGAAUUAUUCAAUUCUGUUGUUUACAGAGUAGUCACCAGAACUUUAUCCAGUGAACUGGUAUAGUUUUCAUCAUUUGGAGAUUUUUCUAAGAAACUUCAUAUUCUCCAAUUGAAAAACAGUAAUUGGAGGGUUUGAACAGUUUAUACAGCCUAGCAAAUGAUGAAUUUUAUAAAAAUGAAAUAUUUAAUGUCCUAUUAGAAGAAAACUUAAUGCUUGUGAUGUGUAUUUCGUUUGAAUAAAACUUAUUUUUUUAAGUAGUGUUUUAAUUUUGACCUACAGAAACAGCAAUUUCAUAUGGUACAAGGCAAUAUAAGGUUUUCUCCAUUUACCUUUGACUAGUUAGAGAUGAGUACAAGAUAUUUUAAAUAUAGUUGUAAUAUAAAUGUCUUUAUAGUUUUAGGAAAUGAAAUGAUAUAAACUCUAAUACUAGGUACUCCUUUGUGUGAAAACUUUACCAGUUGAAGCAGGUAAAAAUGCAGUAGUUUGGGCUGACUCUUGACAUUUGGUACGUUCAGUAGCAUACUCGAAGAUCACAUUUUGCUUACAUUGUAGUUUUUGUUAAAGAUACAUAAUUUUCUAAAUGUUUAAGGACUUAAUUAUGUUGUUUUUGAAAUCCUAGUGACUGCAGAUUUUUAAGAUAUGAUGCACUGUAUGUUAUAUGCCUAGUUCUAGCAUCAGAUCAUGGUUGUUUUUUUUUAAUGACUGAAUACAGUUAGGUAGAUGCUGAGUAGAACCUUCCAAUGUCUUCAGGAGUUAACACUUUACACAGUAGUACUCAAGUUGUGCUCAUUGCUAAAACUGAUUAUGCAGUUUCUAAAGCCCUCUAUUGCUUACACUUUUAUUAGUAGUUUUGUGAAAAUGAAAUAACCUCUCCCAAGUUAGUCUAAAAAUACUUGAUUUAUAAUGUGAUUCUUUUAUUUUCCAUUUCCAACUAGUUGUUUUUAAAAACUUACAAACAAGUGAAUUUUUAUUCUUGUAUUUAGGUCUUAAGAGCACCUUACUUAAAUACGAAUCUGUUAAAUUUACAGAAGAAAAACCCGUGGUUGAUUUUAACAGUGAAUCAUAGGCAAACUACACUCAUAGCUGUUGAAUGUUUUCAUGUAUUUGAAUUAAUUUUCUUACUAGUUCCACAUUUGUCUCUACAUAACACUGUCAGAAGUUAUCUAGAGGCUUUUUGGUAGGGAAAGUGAUGAACUAUAAGAAUGGCCAGAUAUUAAUUUGCCUAAUGUGACUCAAAGAAGGCUAUGAUACAAAUCAAUAUGGCUUUCUUAAGACAAGUGAUGAGCUGUCCUAAACAUUUAAAAAAUACUCAGUGAGGGAAAUAACUGCACACAGGUGGCAUAAUCUUCCAGUAGCAUCGCACCUUUUUUGGUGUAAUCCUUUUCCAUCACUGAAAGGCCUCAUCUCACAUGCACACAUACACGCAAAGACACACGUACAUGCAAUUGAGCAGGAAAUCUUGGGGUUUCUCCUACAUUCUCAAGUUUUGCCAGAGUUCAACCUGGCUAUCAGCAGCUAGGCUCUCUCACCAAGGCUAGGUUACUAGAAAGUUUUAAAGUGUCAGUUCCUUUCUCAGAACUUGCUUUGUUCAUUUCACUAGAGAAUUCCUGAUCCACUUGCUUCUAGAUGCUACUGAACUCCCUAAUGCAGGACAGCUUAGCUUACUAUAGAAAAAUAAAUUAUUUUUCAGGUAGAGUGCUUGGAAUUAGAUUUGUGAUCCAUGUUUUCCUUUUGUGUGAAAUACUUUAGCAUACUGCUAUUAUGAUUCUUGUUAUCCAGACUAGAAGAUUAUGUACAUAAAACUGAAGAUUUUCUUGUACUAGUGCUUAUUCUUCAUAGAUGAACACAAUAUAAAGAAAUCCAGUUUGUGUGUGUGUGUGUGUGUGUGUGUGUGUGUAUGUGUGUGUGUGUGUGUUUAGACUCCCAACUCUGCCUAGUGGUAGGAAAAAAACUUCAAUAAUAGGUUACCCUGAACUCUGCUGACUUUAAUCAUCCAGAUAAAAUAUCAGGAGUUUUCUUCUAAUAUUCUUUUACAUUUGUCUUGAACAAACUGAGUGCUAGUACUUAUUGUCCAACAUACUAUGGUAAUUGUUUGUAAUAGUAAAAUAUAUAUGUAAGCAAUGAUUUUUAAAGGGAGCUCGAGAGUUUUUGGAUUUCUUUUUUGCAGUGUAUAAAGGUUUCAUAUGCAUGAACAUUUGUGCUAUUUAAGAUUUUUUUAAUUAAAAAAAAGUUUAAAAGCAUCCAGAUUCCCAAAGUUCAUUUGUAAAUAGUGGUUUAGAACUCUGUAUAAGAUGAUUAGAUUCUUAGGGAAGCUCAUAAAGGCUUAUUUACACCAUCAUGUAGUUAACAAUGUUGUAUCAUACUGAGUGCUCAGUCCUCUUUAGGGAAUCAGUCAAUGUAGGAAGGAGAAAGAAGCAGAGGUCGUUCCUUUUUUCUGAUUCGGUUCAGGAAGGUUGAGUUGUUUGGUGUGUUUCCCAGUUGCCCUCUUCCCAUCCUAAACUCUCAAGUGGAAUGCUAUAUAAACCAACUUGCCUUGUGCCUUCCUGGAUGCUCUGUACUUCAAAAUUUCAUAUCUUUCCUCUAAUCAAAAUUCUCAUUUCUUUGUUGGCUGUGGUUGGCUAGAUUUUAAGGGGACAGUCUGUUGCAGCAAGAUUUGAACAAAGAUAAUGAAGUGGGAUUAAAUUUCUCUUUUUUUAAAGACUUUAUUCAGAAUGAAUCUUUAAUAUCUUUGAUUUCAUACAAUAUGACCACAUUUAGGCACCAUGGAAAGCAGUAUUUUUAUCAAAUUGAUACGUUCUUGAGAGUACUUCCCAAUCUCCUUUAGGUUGUGGAGACUUUUCACAAUUUCUUUUCCUCUACUUCUGAACUCAGAGAUUUUCUUCUCAUUUCCAAAUUUUAUCAACUUCCCCCUUUUCUCUAUUCCAUUUAUCUGAUAAAGCAGUAUAGAAGUUAUAUCUGUAAUUUUCCAACUCUUGGUACAGUGAUAGGCUUAGAGGCAUCCCUGGAGUAAAGGGACUAGGGAUGGGAUUAGUAUCUCCCAAGACAAGGGGUCUAGGGCAAAUAAAGGGAAGAAAGUUUUCAUUGAAGACUUUUAAUGAAACCCAAUGGAUAAGCUUCGCCUUUGUCAUAUUUUGUCGAAACACAUUACUUGUAAUUAUAUUAAAACUUAUUCUAAAUACCUGUACUUCUCUUGUUCUGUAGGUGAUGUAGAUGAUGUUGCUUGUUAGUUAAAAUAUCUUUUAUAAAAGAAAGUCCUGCUUCUUAUCAUGAUGUAUGUGACUUAAAUGACUGUUUCAUAUUAAAACUAUUUCUUCCUUAUGUACUGCUUACAUAUACCUCUUUUUGGGAUAUUAGUUCAGUACUUUUAUACAAAUCUGAGUGUGUUCCACAUUGGUGACAUGUAUUUUUGCAGUAAAUUUUUGUUUUGUUCUUAGAGCAUGUUUAAAGUAAUACAUGCGCUAGUGCUGUGAUCUGUGGCAAAAUUACUGUAAUUCAAAUUGGAAAAUAAAAUGUUUCCAGACUUUGUCCAACAUUUAUUCCUAUGACAAAGGAAAUUACUAUGUAAUACUAAUUAUUUCAUAUGCUGGUAUGUUUAAGCUACUCUAUGAAGUAUGUGAGACAUCAAUAUUUAUGGGUUAGUAGAUGGCCUGAUGUCUUUGAAAUGGGAGAGAGGGGUAAAAUUUGGUGUUGGCAAUUCAUAGCACUCAUAAUACAAUAAAUACUUCUUAAAAAUUUGAUCUUCCUCUUACAGUUAUAAUUUACUAAGGAAUUAUCUUAAUUUGACAGUGCAUAUUCAAUUUUUUUAGCCCAUACCAUUAAAAUUAUAUAUUAGACUUUGAACUUAUUCUGAUGUCUUCCAACCAAAAAAGAUAUCAUUCACUCCACCGUAACCAAAAUAAGUAGUAAUAUUAAUCUUCAUUUAUUAAUAAACUAUUAAAAUACCAUAAAACUCCUCUAAUUUACUUACAAUUUAUAACCAUUGAUACAAGACUUGAAUGUUUACUUUCUACUAUCUGAUGAAAAGAUUUGUUAAUAAAAGUCAUAAUCAAGAUUUUAAAGAAAAAUGUUUAAUCUUGGGAAAAUUUUAAGCUUCUUAGAGACACUUAUUUCAGAAUACUAGUUUAAAAGCAUUCUUUUGUCAUUAAACCUUAAGUACCCAAAAGAAUCGUAAUAGAUAAUACUUGGAAAUUUGUAUAUUUGAAAUUACGUGCUUAACAGAAAAAAAAAGAAUGCUUGUGAGUGCUUAAACUGCAUAUCUUUUAAAAUAUUCAAAUUUUUAGACUUUUAUCAAUUUAACCUGAAUUAACAAGGUUUUACUAUAUCAGUGAUGUAUAUUACAAGAUUAAUGUCUACCAAUGUUAUUCUAAUGAUCUCUCUAUACAGCAUCAUUUUUGGCAUGGUUGUUGUGGUAUAUUUUGUACAUUUGAUUGUUAGCUGUUGAUAGAAUUGACAUAGCAAUAAAUCUGAUUCAGUUCUUAAAUUUUAAAAAAUGCCAGAUACAAUACUGUGUCAUAAUCCCAUUAUACUUUAUUUGAAUGCCCAAUGUUUUCAUGGGUUUCUUUUUUUGUAUUAAAAAUUUAGUUUUACAUGUUAGGGAUUUUUUUUUUCUGGUAUUUUCAUAUACAAUCUUUUAGAACUGGGUCUGUUUCUAUUUGAAUCAUAGAAGUUGAAAGAAGUAUUCGUAUUAAAUGAUUCAUGAAUUGCUUUGUGGAAAAAUCUGAAUAAAGUAUGAAAUGACUAGGUUACCCCCAAAUUGUUUAUGUUCUUUAUGUGGUUAAUGUACAGGUUACAGUUUUCAGGGAAAUAAAAUUGGCUUGGUAACUGAUUGGAUAUAGUAGAUAAUGGAUAGUUUAACUGUCUAAGGGCUUCCAAAUAUUAAACCAAAUAAUUCUCAAUUCUGAAUACUUUUUAAUAAUUACUAUAAAUAAUGGUAAGCCAAUUCUCAUUUUUCUUUUUAAGAUAUUUAACUCUUAUAAUUUCUUCCUUCUUAUCCUUUUUCUUUCUUCCUUAAACACCGUGCUAGAAUUUAAAAUUGGAUGAGUUUAACUUAUCUCCACAUUUUAGUUUUUUAUUCUGUAGGUAAAUAGUAAGACGGGUAGAGGUUCUAUCAAACAGUCCAUGUUAUUGUUGGCCAUUCUUUUCAGGGAUCAUGCUAAAUGUCAUUUGUGCAUUGUAUAAAGAAUGUUAUCAGUAUAUAGACCUACUAUUAGUAGAAAUUAUGUAUGGCAGGCUUUCUUGAAUAAUAUGUAUUGUAAGUUUGUUUCCUAUUAGUGUUAUGCUUCAGAUUCUUUUAAAUAAAGCUAGUUUUUAAAGAGAAAAAUAACUGUUUUUUAAAUGCUUGACUUUUAUCAAGACAAGUAGGCGUUGAACAGUCUUGGCUUUGGGUAGGAGAUGUCCUAGGAAACAUUAAGCAGGGCAGUAGCGUACAAUUUACCAGGAAUUUACUUUUGUUGUUGUUGUUUAUUUAUUUAUUUAUUUAUUUUUGGCUGUGUUGGGUCUUCAUUUCUGUGCGAGGGCUUUCUCUAGUUGUGGCAAGCGGGGGCCACUCUUCAUCGCGGUGCGCGGGCCUCUCACUGUCGCGGCCUCUCUUGCUGCGGAGCACAGGCUCCAGACGCGCAGGCUCAGUAGUUGUGGCUCACGGGCCCAGCCGCUCUGCGGCAUGUGGGAUCUUCCCAGACCAGGGCUCGAACCCGUGUCCCCUGCAUCGGCAGGCGGACUCUCAACCACUGCGCCACCAGGGAAGCCCAAACCAAUAUUUUUGGACAGGCUUUGCUGUAUACAACUUGUUUUUCCUGUGAAGUUUAUACAUAACACUGAGCCCUGAGUUUCCUUAAGAAAAUGUGAACAUAUCUCUAUUUUGAUUUUUACAAAUUAGGACUCCAGUUUUGUUAAUAGAAAAUUAAUUGGAGAGGAGUGCUACAAUCUCAGCAGCUUAGUGAUCCCUGAAGUAGAGACACCGCUGUAGCAAUAUUAAGAACAAACUUGCCUGAAUGAUAAAAUUAGUUUUACAAAAGACAUCCAAAGUUUGCUUGAAGCAACCAUCAGGUGCCUUGAGUAAAAAGAGAAUGCAUAAAAUGUGAAUGUAUCAGUUGAUGCAACUUGGUAUUAGAGGUAAUAAAAGUGACAAAAAUACAAGAUAAAAUUUGAAUGCACAAAAGAUUUAUUUACAUGUGUGGAAGGGAAAAAAAACAGGAAAAGUGUAUCUUACCUGUUGUAGGAAAGAGAAAAGAUGUACAGAGACUUCUGAUCAAAUAACAUGAAUUGAUGCUCUAAGGUAUCCCUUUGUUUCAAACAUAUAGCAAUAAUAAAUAUAAAAAGAUACAAUUGGGUUCAAAACCAACAUAAAUACAUCCCAGGACAAGAAAUAAAGAAAAAAGCAUAAAUGAUGCUGAAGCAGCAUCCUGCCUGACUCUGAGUCCAAAGCAGAAAUUUGCAGUCAAAAAUUCUAACCUGGCAGGGUAAUGAGGUCUAAAGUGCUACUACAUUUCAAAACUUAAGAGAUGCAAUAACACAAUACUUAAUGGGAAAUGUAUAGCUUUAGAUAAUUUUUAAGCCCAAAAUAUAAUGCUAAGUGUUGAUCUCAAGAGGAUAAGAGAAGAAUAAAAAAUCCUAAGGAAAGUAGAAGGAAGGAAACAAUAAAGAAAAUAAUAGGAAAUAAAAUAGAAAACAAACAUUAGAGAGGAAUAAUAGGGCCACAAAUAGGCGAUUUUUAUCUUUAAAAGAUAAAAGAUUUUAUUUUAUUGGGUUGGCCAAAAAGUUCGUUCAGGUUUUACCAUAAGAUGUUAUGGAAAAACCGAAAUGAACUUUUUAGCCAACCCAUAUUUUAAAAGAUUAAUAAUAUUGAUGAGCCUCUGGUGAAACUGAUUUAAAAAGAAAUGGCCGACAGAAAUAACAGGAAUGUAAAAAGGGCAAAAAACAUAGCACUGCUUUAAGCCUGGAGGGAGCUGGGAUUCCUCUGCACUGCUGCCCCACAUGUGAAAAAGGUUAAAAAGCAAACCUAGCUCCAACCGAUACCUGGGACUCCAGCUUAUAGGCCUAACUUGGCAGAAGUGCACAGUUUUGUAAUUUGCUCAGUUGAUAACUGGUGUACAGUAUCACCAAAUAAUUCGAAACUAAAUUAGCAUAUAACACUUGGCUGAAUUGGAGUCCCUAGGACACAAGUUAGAGGCAACUUAAAACUGCUAGAAAGGAAAGGAUGAACCUAGAGGAAAGAAACAAAAAUCUAAAAAAACCCACUCUAAAUCAAAAUUUCAAAACAU